AUGACACUUCUAAUCGCAUCAGAUAUGACCACAACUAUUAUUACUAUUAUCAUCGCUUAUUUAGUGUAUAAAUUAUCAAAGUUCUACUAUACUGUUUUCACAUUACCGCCAGUAUUUCGCACAAACAAACACUGGGAUGAUGUGUUCAGAUCAGUUAGCAAACAAUAUGGACCGGUAUUCACGGUAUGGUUGGGAACUGUACCCAAUGUGUUCGUAACGGACAUAGAGCUCGCUCGGGAGGCUUUCCGCAAGAAUGACUUCUCGGGAAGAGUUGCCUCUUAUUUUGGGAGUCACUUCUCAAAUGACAAAUAUAAAGACGUAGUGUUCACCGAUUACGGACAUACCUGGGAAGCACUGAGAAGGGUGGCCCACUCGGCCGUACUAAAGUACUCAACAAAUGACAAACUCGUGUAUUUGGCCAACGAUUGUGUCCAGCAAACUGUCAAAACUAUGUUAGAAAAUGAAGGACUGGACAAAGCAUUUGUUAUAAAGGAUUAUGUUUGCCUUAUGUUUCUCAACAUAUUAGCCACCAGUGCAUUUGGUACAAGUUAUAGUAUGGAUGACUCGGAAUUCAAAAUAUUAAAAUACAUAUUACUAGACGUACAUGAUGAGGUGGGUGCCAGGCUCAUUUUAUGGGAAUUCUCGCCAUUGAUUAGACUAUUGGACAGAAAUCGAGCGGAAAAACACCAUAAAGUGUUGGAAAACUUGGUUUCAAUGAUAAGAAAUAAAUUCAAAUCUCAUUACUCGGACCACUCGGCGGCUAUUGAGAGAGACUUUUGUGAUGCANUUUCAAUGAUAAGAAAUAAAUUCAAAUCUCAUUACUCGGACCACUCGGCGGCUAUUGAGAGAGACUUUUGUGAUGCACUCAUAAGUGCUAAGAAUGAGGCGCUCAGAGACCACAAGGAAUCGGCCCCUCAUUUGACGGACGAUAACCUGGCGAUGGCUGUGUUGGACCUCUUCAUUGCCGGCUCUGAGUCCUCGCAAAACACCUUUCAAUGGAUGCUUCUUCUGAUGACAUACUAUCCGGAAGUCCAGAAAAAGUUGAGACAAGAGAUUGAGACACAAAUCGGAGACCGGAUGCCAACACAUGAGGACAGGAGUCGAUGCCAUUAUGUCAUGGCUUUCAUCGCCGAGACCCUGAGGUUCAGGAAUAUGAUGCCGACUGGUCUGUACCACAAGGCUGUGGUCACCAGUAAAAUAGGAAAAUAUACAAUUCCUGAAGGUAUGGCAGUUUUUGUGCAUCAGGGCAUCAUCUGUCGUAAUGAUAAGGAUUGGGCCAAAGGUAAUGAAUUCAUACCCGAGAGGUUUCUGGACAGUGAGGGACAGUACAUGACUACCCGUCCAAAGGCGUACAUCCCGUUCGGUGUGGGACGACGUGUUUGUUUGGGCGAGAAGUUAGCCAUCGCUNACAUCCCGUUCGGUGUCGGACGACGUGUUUGUUUGGGCGAGAAGUUAGCCAUCGCUGACCUCUUCCUAGUUUUGGUCACAUUUUUACAGUCGACUCAAGACUACGAUAUGAUGUCAGAGAGCAGUACGGGUAUCGCUGCCGACCCUAACAUUUCCAUAUCAUUU